AUGGACAAACUCAACGAGACCCUUUCGUCCUUCACCGGCGGCAGCAACAACAACAAUCAGCAGCCGCAGCAGCAGUCCGGCGGCGAGCAGAAGCAAGAAGGCGGCGGCAGCUUCCUCGGCGGCAUAGGUGACAAGAUCAACACCGCUGCCGGUGGCGGGCGUGAGAGCGAGAAGAACGAGGACAUGCUCGACAAAGGUAUCGACUAUGUUCAAGAGAACGUUCUCGGUCAAGGCCCGCAAGACAACGAGAGCGCCAUUGAGCAAGCCAAGGAUGAACAAAUCGCAAACUUCGUGCGUGACAAGUACAAGUCAACCACUGGCAGCGACUUCCCGAUCAAGGACAAAUGA